CUCAAGAGGGUAGUUUUGUAAUGGCAGCCUCCAUAGAAUCCUUUCACUGCUCAUCAUCUUCCAGACAUCUGCAUGUGACCACCUCUCAAAUAAUGGAAUCCCAUCCAUCUCUCUCUUACCCUUCAAUCUCUUUUUUACUAUUUUGCAAAAUCUUGAGAUUUUUUUGGCUUAAACUUUACUAUAAUUUUAUGUCACAUUCUUGUCUCUUCUGUAAAGCUUACAACUAACAAUGCUAAGAUGAAUUGAACAUUCCCAAUCUGUUUUCAACUACAACCCAUGUUCUGCUUCUUGCUUAGAUAACCCCAUCUACCUCUCUCUCUCAAGAACUCAUCUCUCUUGAAUCUUUCUGGGUUUCAGCUUCACUGGCGAGAAAAUAAGUUUCUCAAUUGCAAACCCAUUUCUUGUAUUGUUGUUCUCUGUUCAGAUCUGCAAGUUAUUUGGGAAUUGUUGAUUUGAAGUGCAUGAGCGUUCUUGUUUUACAGCUUUCAUGCAUCUGAAGCUUGGAAUUCAUUGCGAAGAUGAGAUUCAUGAAGGUAACUUGAUGUUUCUGUUAGUAACUUGGAGACUUGUUGAUUCUGCAUUAUUGUAUACCAUUAUUAUACGAGGCUUGAUGAUUGAUUUCUUGGAGAUGAAGUAGUUUUACUGGGAAUUUCAUGCAUUUUAUAAGGCAAUCUUCGUUCUUGAAUGUUGAUUGAUUCUAGCUACCCAAUUAGAUUUUCCCAUUUUUAUCUCUUUAAGAAAUCUAUACAACAGAGGAGUCUUAUCUCGGUUCUUGAGGGAAAGUGGUAAUGGAGAAUAUUCAGAAGGGAGAGCUCUUGGGUCUUCUAUAUCUGGUGAUAAUGUUCAUAUCUACUAGCAGUGGAGAAGCUGAGUCAAAAUCUUUUUUUAUAAAUUGUGGGACAAAUGCCAGUGUUACUGUGGAUGAUAGGAGAUGGGUUGGAGACAUGGUUCCUAACAACAAUGUCACCCUUGUUUCUGACCCUGAGUCCACCACCGCCACCUCUAAUGCAAGUGCUGCUGCCCCCUUGGGGCCAUUAUAUGAAACUGCUCGGAUCUUCACCGGUGCUCUUAAUUUCACAUUUGAAGGAAUUCAAGGAAACUACUUUGUUAGACUCCAUUUCUGUCCUUUCCCUUCUGAUAAUUUUAAUGUAAAUGAAUCCUCGUUUUCUGUGAUGGCUAAUGGUCUGAAACUGGUGUCUGAGUUCAAUGUUCCAGGCGAGAUUUCACACAAGAAUUUGUACUUGCAGAGAUCCAAUAGCAAUUCAAGUUCUUUCUCUUUGGUUAGAGAGUACAUUCUAUUCUCUUUGGAUUUUCUUGUGCUUGAGUUUGUUCCAUCUAAAGGAUCAUUUGGGUUCAUAAACGCCAUAGAGAUCGUCUCUGUGGCGGAUAACCUUUUCGAAGACCCUGUCAGUAAAGUAGGUGGAAAUGUUGCGAAUCUCAAUUUGGGCGGACGGGGGAUUGAAACUAUGUAUAGGUUGAAUGUUGGAGGCCCUGAUAUCAAACCUAAUCAGGAUUCGGACUUUUGGAGGAUUUGGGAAUUGGAUUCCAGCUACAUGAUCACAGAAAAUGCUGGUGAUGAAAUCACUAGUAAUUCAAAUAUAACCUAUGCUUCUAUUAAUGGUUCCUCGGUGGCUCCUCUUCUUGUUUAUAAAACGGCAAGAACUAUGUCCAAAACUGAAGUCCUAGAGAAAAGGUUUAAUAUGUCAUGGAAAUUUGAAGUGCAUCCUGAUUUUGAUUAUUUAGUCCGGUUACAUUUCUGUGAACUGGAGUAUGACAAGGCAAACCAGAGGAUUUUCAGGAUCUAUGUUAACAACAGGACAGCUGCUGAUAAUUUUGAUAUUUAUGUGCGAGCAGGGGGAAAGAAUAAAGCAUAUCAUCAAGAUUAUUUUGAUGCAGUGUCCUCGAAUAUCAACACACUGUGGAUUCAACUGGGCCCUGACACUACAGCUGGUGGUUCAGGAACUGAUGCCUUGCUCAAUGGGCUGGAGAUUUUCAAGCUGAGUCGAAAUGGGAAUCUUGCCUAUGUUGACAAGUUUGAUUCAACUGGGAAUUCUACAAAAAAUUCAAACUCUUGGAUUCUUUGGCUGGUAAUUGGAGCAGGUGGUGUUUGUAUCCUCAUCCUUGCAAUUGCAUGUAUUCUUAUCUUUUUCUUCUGCAGAACUCGUAAAAAGGAAUUGAGUGACACCAAAGACAAUGCUCCUGGGUGGCGGCCACUUUUUCUGCAUGGAUCUAUUGCAAGUAGCAUAGGUCAUGCUAAGGGAGGACUUCAAAAUCCAAAUGGAUCUACUGCAUCCACUAGACUGGGCAAGCGGUUUACAUUCGCAGAGAUUCGUGCCGCAACAAAUAAUUUUGAUGAAAGUUUGGUGAUUGGAGUUGGAGGUUUUGGCAAAGUGUACAAAGGGGAGAUUGAAUGCGGAUCCCUUGCAGCAAUAAAGCGAGCAAACCCACAAUCGGAGCAAGGCCUGGCUGAAUUUGAAACAGAGAUUGAGAUGCUCUCGAAGCUCAGGCACAGGCAUUUAGUCUCCAUGAUUGGGUUCUGUGAAGAGCAGAAUGAGAUGAUCUUGGUUUAUGAAUACAUGGCAAAUGGGACACUUAGGAGUCAUCUUUUUGGAAGUAAUCUUCCUCCAUUAACUUGGAAGCAGAGGCUAGAAGCAUGCAUUGGCGCAGCACGAGGACUUCAUUACCUUCAUACAGGAGCAGAUCGGGGGAUAAUUCACAGGGAUGUUAAGACAACCAACAUACUACUUGAUGAAAAUUUUGUAGCAAAAAUGGCUGAUUUUGGAUUGUCAAAAACUGGUCCAGCUUGGGACCACACCCAUGUUAGCACAGCAGUGAAAGGAAGCUUUGGAUAUCUCGACCCUGAAUACUUUCGUCGACAGCAGUUGACUGAGAAAUCCGAUGUUUACUCAUUUGGGGUUGUAUUAUUUGAAGCUGUCUGUGCUAGAGCUGUAAUAAAUCCAACCUUGCCAAAAGAUCAGAUCAAUCUUGCGGAGUGGGCAAUGAGGUGGCAGCGGCAAAGAUCACUCGAAACCAUCAUUGACCCAAAUCUGAGUGGAACUUACUGCCCUGAGUCACUGAAAAAGUAUGGGGAAAUAGCAGAAAAAUGUCUUGCAGAUGAUGGGAAGAACCGGCCGACAAUGGGGGAAGUUCUGUGGCAUCUGGAAUAUGUUUUGCAACUGCACGAAGCAUGGAUGCGCGCAGGAGUUACGGAGAGCUCCAUAUCCUCAAGUAAUCAGGCACUGGAGGAUCCAGAAGAGGGAGUGCAAGGAAAGGAGCAGCAAACUUCCAAUGAAGGGACCAGUAAAGCUCAAAGUGAUGGGUGACAGAAUCUAAAGUGAUGAGUAUUGACAGAAAUCAGAUGCUACAAAGUGGUGUAUGAAUAGAUGUGGUCACUGUAUUGAUACGACAAUGUUCUGUUGUUGUUCUAUAUUCUUUUAUUUCGUUCUAUCUGUCUCUGAUUAAGCAUUGAGCAGGAACUCUACUGUGGUUAUAUAUAGCGAGGGAAGUAAAUCACUACAUAGUCAUGAUACUUUUUUUUCAAAAUGGUUGGUGUUGGGUUGUAAACUUUUUGUUCUUUACAUGAAAUGGAGGAACCUCCAUCUGUGCUCUA